UGUGACGUUAUUUAAUGUAGGGGCAACAUUGACAUUGUCUGAAAUCUUCUUUCCGUAUGUUAUGAAAAAACAGUGCCCUAUCCUCGUGGGCCUACUUUGAAAUCCCAAACCACAAGGCCCAUUGGGCUUUUGUCGACGAAGAUUUUCUUUCCCAUUUCCCCGCCGUCCCGCCACGAAGCGCAGCAACCGAGCUAUUUCAGUCGGUAACUUAAAAUUCUCCGAUCGUCCAGCGGUUGCUUCUAAUAAUCUCCGAUGGAGCACGGCGGAACCGAUGAUGUUCAGACUACGGUUCGAAAUACUCCACAACCGCAGCCGCCGGAGGAGCAGCAACAACAACAACCGGCACAACCACUGCCGAGACCGUCCCAAGAAGAUGAACAAGACGAGGAGUUACGUAGACUUCUGGUUCCUGAUGUUCGUGAUCUCCCUCUAUCGCCUCCCUCUGCCGUCGACACCAAUUUCGUCUCGUAUUUCGUUCCCGAUUUUAUGAAGCAAGGUCACGAUCAGUACGUUUACCGCCACGCCAACGGCUUGUGCGUGAUUGGCUUGGCUUCUACGCACAUUGCAUUCAAAGAUAGUGGUGGUAUUACGGCCGUCGAUUUCAAUGUAGGGAAGUCUGAUCGCAGUAGCUUCAAGGUCACCGGAAAACGCAAGAAGAACGCUCAAUUCUUUGAGCCUAACUCUGCUCUAUGUAAAGUUGUCACCAAAGAUGCUUCUUAUAUUGUAAGGUGUUCUGUUAAAGGUUCUCUAUUGGAAGUAAAUGAUCGCUUAAUGAAGCAGCCAGAAUUGCUCAACACUGUGGCUCACAGAGAAGGGUACAUUGCUAUUGUUAUGCCAAAACCAGCAGAUUGGUUGAAAGUCAAAGAGUCAUUGCUGAGCCUUGAAGAAUACAAAAGACUGAGAGAAAUGCUUUGAGUCAUCCAUCCGCCUACACAAACAAGUAACUUUUCAGAUUUCUUCCAUUGAUGCUUCCCUCCAUUUGUUCUUUAACCUGCCAGGUUUAUCUCGCAGCUUGAGAAAUAGUUAUGCACCUCGCCUGGCAUUUUUGUGAUUUCAUAGAGGUGUAGAAGUUUAAAUCAUAUUUUAAUAUUAGAAAUUCCAUGCCUAUUUCAUCUUGAUCCUCAUAUUCUCAAAUAUUUAGUUUUGGUGCUUUGAUCACUGAAUUGAGAAUUCUAUAAGAAGUCUCCUGGUCCUUUCUGCUUAA